AUGCCAGAGUUGGUCGAAUAUCCCUGUAGCUUCGUUGGGUGUACCUCCACUGUUCUCGGGUGGGAAGUGAAGUGUCAAUUCUGCAACGUUGUUCUGUGUGGUUUACACGACAAUGACAAUAAUUAUGAAUGUUGUCGAUUAGCAAAAUUAGAACAUGAUGAGAGAAACGAAGCGCUGUAUAAGGUCAGGCAGGCUACGAGAGAAAAGAAUCUCAAUCAUAUCCUUGAACAAAUUAAAACCCAUCAGGCAACUUUGGACAAGGAAGUAAGCACCAUUCGACCAGGACAUACUUUCUCGCUCAUCAUACCCAAACUUGAAGACCUGGUAAAAUCGAAAUGGUAUGCUGAUUUCAACGUACAUUUCCUCAUCAACUUCGAAGACGAUGUCAAUUGGCUUCUUCGAGUCAGACAACCCUAUGGCCCUUCACCCCCUCAAGAGAUCUCAGAUAUAGUCAUGACGAGCGAAGUAACCACACUCAACUUUCUCAAAGCUAAUGGUAUCCCGGUCCCUGGUGCUUGGCUGCCCAAACAUCUUCGAGAUGGGAAUUCCAAUGCUGUUGCUCGACUACCAUUCGAUUACUUCAUUUACGAGUUUGUAGAGAGUAAACCUCUCAAGAUCAACAAAGAUCCUUACAAGCCUAUCGGAUUACCUCCCAACGAAUUACGAAAGUUCGUGGAGGGAUAUGCCAAGAUCCAAAUCCAACUUUCCAACAUACCUCUUGAACACACCGAAAUUGGAUCUUUAUUCACCUCUCCCAAUGACGAAAGUUCAGCGAAGGACGUUCGAGUUGGUCCAAUAAUCGGCACAUUGACUUUCAUGCAGCCUUCUCCACCAUACUUUUUUGGUCCCUUCAGAUCGAACAAAGAACGUUAUCUUGCGCACAUCGAUGCCACUUUAGGAUACAUCUCCAAAGGUGCAUUGUACAAAGACAACCUCAUCGAUGAUUAUCUCUGGCAUUUGGAGUUACGUGAAUUGGUGAAUGGAUGUCAGGAGUUAGAUAGACAAACGGAUAAGGUAUAUGUGAAACAUGCCGAUGAAAGAGGGGAUCAUCUGAUGGUGAAUGAGGAAGGUAAAAUCAUCAGUUUUCUGGAUUGGGAAUGGGCAUACGUGACAACCAAAGAAGAAGCAUUUUCGACGCCUAAGCUCUUCCAUCAGGAUUACGAGUGGAUGCGAUUGGGGGAUAAUUCCCUUCGUGAAGCAGAAAGGAUUUUGAUCGAAUGCUAUGAGCUUCAUGGAAGGUCUGAUCUUGCCGAUUGUGUUCGGCGUGGUAAGCUGUAUACUCGUUUAGAGGGAAUUGGAAAUUACGAUCCGCUAUGUAUCAAGAAAGGGUUCAGAGAAGUAUUUGGUGAUGAUAUCCCGGAAGAUUUCCAUCCUCCCGAGAAUGAUGUAGAUUGGAGGAUAUACAUGAUGAAGCGCUACGAGAACCUUGAGGGGUUGAAGACAGUUAUGGAGGAUUAUGGAUGGUCGAUAGAGAGAGCAGAAAAUAAAAAGGAGAAAUGGCGGAUCAGACAAGUGGAGAUUGAGACGGAAAGAAAGAAGUGGAUGGCGGAAGAAGAGGAGAAUAUGAAGAAAAGGUUCGAGGAGAUGAAGAAAGCAUACUACCAAGAGAAGGCGAGAAAUGCUGAGUUAGGUGCAUAG